GGAAAAACUCAGCUCUUCAGUGUAGUGUGUGUGCAGAGCAGCGGAGAGCAGGACGGAAAAAAAACUUUCCUCUGAGAGACACCAGCCAUUGCGGCUCAUUCCUGCCUGUAAACUCUGGAUUAUGCACCUGGAGGGGAGAGGAGAUCUUUCUGCCUGAACACACAGGUUGUGUUUUAGUCCUUUUCUGCGCUUUAGUGCCGAGCGCAGUUUCCGGAUUUCAGCCCAGUGUUUUGGAAGAUUUUUGUUGUUGUUGUUGUUGCUCUGCAUCUGUUGGGAUUUUUCCGCUCUUCCUGUCGUUUUAUCUGUCAGAACUUAAAACUCGCCACUUGAUUCAUCUUCAUAAAUCCUGCAGCCACGACAAGAUCAUGGAAUAUAGAUAACAAGAUGACGGUCUCCAAAAUGGACCCGGACAGCACAGGAAUUUACAAGACGACGAGGAGGCACUUAACUCCAUUAUGAAGGACCUGGCAGCCCUGGGUCGCUGCUACACCCAGCACAACAGCCACAAGCCCAAGAACAGAACCUUACUCUACAAACAGGAUUUAAGAGUCAAGCUGGAGCAUGAGAGAGAAAAACGAAUCAUCCCGUUCCAGAGGCCACUGAAGAUCAAGGAGCUGCUGCAGAAAGUGACCGAGGCCUUUGGUCAGCAGAUGGACAUGUUCUUCAUGGAGAAAGAGUUGUUGCUGCCCCUGAAGACCCAGGAGGACCUGGAUCAGGCGGUGCUGACGUUAGGCUGCACCACUGGGACCAACGGGCUGCUCAGGAUACUGCUCAAGACCCCCAAGAACAACCAUUACCUACAGGUGAAUAGCAGGGAUAAGCAGAGUGAGAUGAGGUCGUCACGGUCACUGGGAGAUCUGAAGGGCUCCCUGCUCAAGGGCUCGGAGAGGGUGCGCAAACACUCGACAGGUUCACUGCACACAGGUCGGACGUCCCCGCCUCCUGGCAGUGUUCCAGAGGAGCAGCAGCAGAUUGCUCGCCAGGGCUCCUACACCAGCAUCCACAGUGAAGGGGAGUUCAUCCCAGAGACCCACGACCAGAAUAUGCUGGAUCCCUUUGGGAGUGCAGACAACUCACUGUCGAGCAGCUGUCAAUCAAUAGAUCAAGCACUGGACAGUCCUCCUUUCACGCAGAACAACCGUGACAAUAAUUACCUGAACCUCAACUAUGAAUACAAAGGUCGCCAUGGGAAAGGAGGGACUUUCCCUCGCCAGUUCCAGUUGCCCAAUCGCAGCAAGGAUUACGGAGACCGUCGCAGGACACUUCCGCGCAGCUUCAUGCCGCAGGAGAACCUGUUUCAGCUGGUUCCUUCCAGUCGCACUCGCAGUUAUAAUGGAGACAGUACGCUGCAGUACAGCGACCUGCGCUCACUGGGCCGCACCGCUGACAAAAGCUGCCAGCGCGGUACAGCCAAGUCGCCACGGGCUCCAGUCAACUGGCGACAAGGAAAGCUCCUGGGGCGCGGGGCGUUCGGCGAGGUCUACCUCUGUUAUGACGCCGACACAGGCCGCGAGCUGGCCGCCAAGCAGGUGCCCUUUGAUACAGACUGUCAAGAAACCAGCAAGGAGGUGAACGCUUUGGAGUGCGAGAUUCAGCUGCUGAAGAACCUGCGUCAUGAGCGGAUUGUUCAGUACUACGGUUGUCUUCGGGACCUCGAACAGAAGAAACUCACAAUUUUUGUUGAGUUUAUGCCCGGGGGCUCAAUAAAGGACCAGCUGAAAGCCUAUGGGGCCCUGACGGAGAAGGUGACGAGGAGAUACACCAGACAGAUCCUCCAAGGAGUCUCCUACCUGCACAGCAACAUGAUUGUACACAGAGACAUCAAAGGUGCUAACAUCCUGAGAGACUCAUCAGGGAACGUGAAGCUGGGCGACUUUGGAGCCAGCAAACGUAUCCAGACCAUCUGCAUGUCUGGUACAGGAAUCAAGUCCGUCACUGGCACCCCCUACUGGAUGAGCCCAGAAGUCAUCAAUGGGGAGGGAUAUGGCCGCAAAGCUGAUGUAUGGAGUGUCGCCUGCACCGUUGUGGAGAUGUUGACCCAGAAACCUCCGUGGGCCGAGUACGAGGCCAUGGCAGCCAUUUUUAAGAUUGCCACCCAGCCUACGAAGCCCAUGCUUCCAGAGGGUGUGUCCGAAGCAGGCAGGGACUUCCUGCGGCAGGUGUUUGUGGAGGAGAAGUGGCGGCCCACUGCAGACGUUCUGCUCAGCCACCCGUUCGUCCAGGGCAGCUUCUGAGGCCCGUGGAACCCCCUCCCCUCCCCUGCCUGCGAGGCCUCCGCGGGCCCCGGCGCCUCCCCUCCUCUCCGGCCCGCACCCGUCCCCAGGGCCCAGCAUCACUCCAACUUCCUGCCCUGUCAUCUAUCACCAGUGUCUGCCUUGGCAGGACCCCUGCAUCUCUCACCAACUAGCUCAACCCGGAUUUUUCACAGAGAGGCCAGGUUGAUUGUGUCAGACCUCCAGAGUCCUCCGAGGCAACGCAGUGUUGUUCCCCCCGGAGGGGACUGACGAGAAAGCACUUAGCAGUCUCGCAAGCUAAAGACUGCUGUCCUUUAACAAGAGCAGGAAAUGUGACCCAAGUUAGAGAGCAGUGACGUCUCAAGCUUUCUGGGUCUUUACACUCAUUUACUGCCGCAGAACAGUGUCCAGGUUCAGCCCGACGCUAUGUAAUCCUGACCGACUGGUGACAUUGAUCACAUGCGACAGUACUGUAAGUUAGUCAUCAGUUAGCUGUGAGGGAAGUUAAGAUGGUAAAAUAUUUUUAUAUGAUCGACAAUAACACAUACAAAGUCAUCCUAGCAAAUGAGUUUUCUACUGUCACCUGAAAAAAAAUGUAAAUGUAUUUUCGUCAACGCCUUACAAUAAGAAUUUGUAAGUAAGAAUGUCUUUUUUUAAAAACAUCUUAGAGGGUUGCAUUUCCCUACUUCCAUAGCACUCACAAGCCCAUUUAGAAGGAUUGUCAACAUUGCACUUUUGAUAUCAUGCAUUGAAACAUUACCAACAUGCAGGAUAAUCAACUGAGGAGAUAUUUUUCUAUCUGAAGCAUUUUUUUUUUUUUUUAUAUAACUUCAUAAGGAGAGUCGUGUAGUUUGUUUCCGAUGUAAAGAAGAAAAAAAAAAGAACCAAACUUUUGCAUAAGUGUGCAAUGACUAUUAAGCAAUACCAACACUACUGUCUGUGACAUCCAUUCCAGCUUCCCAUGCAGUGAGCCUUGGGUCCACAGGAAAUAAAAAGAAGUGGCCAAAGAAAAGUUGCAGAGACAGAAACGUUCAACAACUUUAAGGCUAAAGUUAAUGUGCAGUAUUAGUCACGUUGAAUUGUUUUGUCACCUCAGAGCCCUAUAGCCUUUUCUAUGUAAUGGCAGCUUCGUGCACAGUAGACGGCACAGACCAAAUCAGAUGCAUCGACGUCACAUUGUGUUGGAAUGAAAAGCGUUAUGGAAUUAGAUAGAAGUAAGCGUCUCAUUUACGUUUUUUUUUUUGUUGUCGUUGUAUGGAUCCAGUCACCCCAUGCCUUUACUUUGCUUCCCACACUAUAUGAAUGGGUCACUUAAUGACCACUUGACAGCACACCUUGCUCCGUGUAACGUCACGUGCAUAAUAUUACGAGUCGCCAUAAGAAAAAGGAUCAAGUUGGACGGCGUUAAAUGCUGUAUUCUUAUAAAGUGGAGAUGAAACUUUAACUGGGGAGAAUGAUGUUGGAGGUGUAGUGGCUAGCUGUAAUACAGUGGCACUUAAAGAAUGAUCAAAUCUUUUUUUUGACCCUUGUUAGUGCCUUAUCUGAAUCUGCUUGUAAACACAAAUGUUCACUGCCAAAGCGGAAAGCUUCCUAAUAAGGUGAGCAGCUGUUCAGUAGAGAGCACACACAGGAUUUGCUGAAGUUCUUUUUAUAUGGAAAAAAAAAAAGAUUAUACUGUAAAUACAUAUUGUUCUGCACUUUUGUAUGAAAUUUCUUUACAUUAUAUACAAAUCUAUUUGAUGAAAUAGCUACGUUAUACAGUAGAUUGUACUGUGAUUUAGACAGGAGUAUGUAUGAUUGUCUCUGAGAGCUGGUAGGCAGUAUGAAAAAGGCUGGGAGGCUUUUGAUUGGGACAGAGUUUGUUUUGUCUUAAUGACAAAGCCUUGAAACAUGAAAUGUAUCAAGUCAUUGAUCUUUUGUACAUUUAACUUAAUAAAUCCAAGGUCUAAGACUA